UUUUUGCUCUAUUUAGUAUGGAUUAUUGUCCUCCCACCAAACGCGCAAGAGCGUUCUUCAUCGACAACCUCCUCUCUCUUGAUCAAUCAGGAGGAGAAGCUACUCCACAACAAUAUAUUGAACAACUUGAAAAUACUACAAAAUUCAUCAACAAAUUUAAAAUCACCAAAAACUACACAAAAUUUUUAAUCAGUAAUAUCCCGGCCGACCCUGAGGCCUUAUUAUCUGGGAUAUUCCAGCAUUGCUUCAAUGAGGCUACAAACAACGCCAAAAAUAAUGGGCUUGUUCCGGAGGAGCUGAGUUGUACUUUAUCAAGUGAGUUACUAGAUUCAGAUAUUUGGAUCCCCCUCAGGCCCACCUCCCAGAAUACCUUUAACACCCUGCUUAACCAAUUUAAUAAGUAAAUGUAAUGGUCGUUGAUAAGAAAAAUUUGAUCAACGA